AUGAUGUUUAUCGACAGUGUUUUACAGUAUUAUUUCUAUGUGAUAUUUGGAUUAAUUUUCACCAAUUUGCAGUAUGUUGAAAGUAGUGGAAACUCAACAUCACACAGAAUGAUAUACUAUUUAAACAUUAUACCCAGGACAUGGAAUGAAGCUAAAAUAUUAUGCGCUGGACAGGAUGCAACUCUUAUAAUUAUCAAAGACAAUGAAAUCAAACAACGACUAGAAUAUAUAGAUUCAUAUACAGAAUGGAAUGGUAAUUUUAGUUCAAUGCUUCAAACCACACCGUUUUGGAUUGGAUUAUAUGAAGAUAAUUCUACCUAUUUCUGGGAAGGAUGUAAUAAGAUGGAUAAUUGGCCAUUUUGGGGUACAACUACUCCAGCACCGAGUUCCAAUGAUAAAUGUGUAUCUAUUAAAAACGGUUACAUUGGUUCAACAAAUGAAUGCAAUCUUAAACAACCAUUCAUUUGUCAAAGAUACCAUGGUGAAUGCUGGUUCGAUCCAAUACCAUUUAAUACAACAAUAGAUGGUAUAACACCGCCAUCCACAGUAGUAGAAGAUGAAGCAGCUUGUGCUCAACUAUGUCGAAAAUCAUUACACAAUUCACAAGAAUGUUGGGCAUUCUCUUAUCAGUUUACAAGUAAAAACUGUUUUCUACAUUACCAUGCCGAUUUUUCAGCUUAUAUUAAACCUGAUCGAGUUUUACAAGCAGACUCUUCUAAAGUUUUCUACACCAAAAUGUGUUUUGAAGGAGUUAGACGAGUUGAUAAUAGAACAUUAAAUUUACCAAAUACUACACCAUUAAUGAGUUCUUGUCAAGGCGUGACACCUUCAACAGACUUCGAAACGGAUGAAGAUGUCUGUUAUUGUGGUUGUGAAGCGCCACCAACAAUUUUCGAUCCUGAACUCGAAGCUGACACCCUGGAUGACAAAGUGGAGGCAAUUCAGAAAGAGCUUACUGUUGAUGUGAAAAAUACGUCGUCGUCAAUACGAAAACUUACAAGUGCAACAGAUGACCGUCCUAGUGCCCAGAGCAUUGGUUAUGUGGGAGUCGCCUUUAUGGCUGUGGUGUUUGGUGGAAUCGUACUUCUAGAUUUCAAUCUUUUGGUGGCUGCCAUAAGUGAUUUCUAUAAAUCCUGUAAAUCCAGAGAAGACUCUCAAAGACUACAUGAGUAG